AUGUCGCUGACCAACACAAAGACGGGGUUUUCGGUCAAGGACAUCUUGGACCUGCCGGACACCAACGAUGAGGAGGGCUCAGUGGCCGAAGGGCCGGAGGAGGAGAGCGAGGGGCCGGAGCCCGCCAAGAGGGCAGGGCCGCUGGGGCAGGGCGCCCUGGACACGGUGCAGAGCCUGCCCCUAAAGAACCCCUUCUACGACAGCAGCGACAACCCGUACACGCGCUGGCUGGCCAGCACCGAGGGCCUCCAGUACUCCCUGCACGGGCUGGCGGCCGGCGCGGCGCCCCAGGACUCGAGUUCCAAGUCCCCGGAGCCCUCGGCCGACGAGUCACCGGACAAUGACAAGGAGACCCCCGGCGGCGGGGGGGACGCCGGCAAGAAGCGGAAGCGGCGGGUGCUCUUCUCCAAGGCGCAGACCUACGAGCUGGAGCGGCGCUUCCGGCAGCAGCGGUACCUGUCGGCGCCCGAGCGCGAGCACCUGGCCAGCCUCAUCCGCCUCACUCCCACGCAGGUCAAGAUCUGGUUCCAGAACCACCGCUACAAGAUGAAGCGCGCCCGGGCAGAGAAAGGUAUGGAGGUGACGCCCCUGCCCUCGCCGCGCCGGGUGGCCGUGCCCGUUUUGGUUAGGGACGGCAAACCGUGCCACGCGCUCAAAGCCCAGGACCUGGCAGCUGCCACUUUCCAGGCGGGCAUCCCCUUUUCGGCCUACAGCGCGCAGUCUCUGCAACACAUGCAGUACAACGCCCAGUACAGCUCGGCCGGCACCCCCCAGUACCCGACAGCACACCCCCUGGUCCAGGCCCAGCAGUGGACUUGGUGAGCGCCGCCCCUCCGAGACUCGCGGCCCCAGGCCCAGGCCCCACCCCGGCGGCGGAGGCGAGGAGGACUCGGCCCUUACGGUGGUUAUUAUAUUAUUAUAAUUAUUAUUAUGGAGUCGAGUUGACUCUCGGCUCCGUUGGGGAGGCGCCAGGAGGUUGCCUGCACCUCCUUGCAGAGGCAGAUUCCACCCCCCAGCUCUGCCUCAUCCCUCUCUCCAUUUGAACCUUUGGAGAUGGCUGAACCAUAAGCCGUGUUUACAGAAUGUUUGCGCAGCAUCGCUUCUCUGCCUCUCCCCGGGGACCGAAUGGUCCCAGCGUUAACGUCCUUACUUGAGAAGGAGAAAAAGACACCCACGCCCCCGCCCCGCUUUUGUGAAUUUUGUAAAAUAUGUUUGUGUGAGUAGCGAUAUUGUCAGCCGUCUUCUUCUAAAGCAAGCGGAGAACACUUUAAAUAUAGAGGGUUUUUUCUCCUUUUUCUUUUUUUACAAGAAAAUGCUAAAUAUUUAUGGCCAUGUAAAUGUUCUGACAACUGGUGGCAGAUUUCGCUUUUCGUUGUAAAUAUCGGUGGUGAUUGUUGCCAAAAUGACCUUCAGGAAGGGCCUGUACUCCUCAGGGCCCAACUCCUUUCUUUGUGGUUUGUUUUGGUUUGCUUAUAUUUGGUUACCCCGCUUUCUUUUCUUUUUUUCUUUUUUUUUUGUUCAGUGCAAACAUUUCUCAAAUAUGAAAAAGGAAAUAAUGUGUAGGCGAGCGAGAAGCCCCCUGCCCCAUCCUCCGGGUCCUGAGCCCCGGAACUUGGAGCUCAGCGGUUCCGUGCGGUUCCCCAAGAGCGCCGGGCGCUGAAAGCUUUCAAUUUUUUUAAAUAAGAAUUUUAAUAAAAAUUCUGU